CUCCUCCUCCACAUACCGAAACCAUCCAUCGCCAACAACCAAAUUCACCGCGACGCGCUCCGCGUCCUCGCCCAAAGCACACGAUUGAAGCAUGUCCGCCGCGUCGCCACAACCAAUGUUCCAAUGUGGGCUAUGCAAACGAAGUUACAAAAGAUUGGAUUAUCUUUCUCGCCAUGCGCGCUCUCAUAGCCAGUGGAAGCCACAUCGAUGCCACAUCUGCUCCAAGAGCUUCACAAGGACAGAUCUCCUGAAACGGCACGUUGCGGGACAUGAUUCUCCAAACGCUAGGUCAAAGACCUCAAACACUGUAGCUGGCCCGGCAGAGCCCUCAGGACGUGUGGCGCAAGCAUGUAAAGCCUGCGCAUCGAAUCACCUGCGAUGCACAGACGAAAAGCCUUGUAAACGCUGUCUGGAAAAGGGAGUUGAUUGCAUCUGGAAAGACUCCAUGGACGUGGACCAGGACAGCAUGCCCGCUGAAGCUGAAGGCCAGUUUGGAGACGACUGUCGGCCAGCGCCUGAUUCCGAGCUAGAUCCAGAAACGGAGCUCAGAUCAGAGCCAGGCACUGAGCUCGAAGCAGAGACUGAAAAGGAGCAAGAGGCGGAGCAAAAGUCAGGGCCACCCCAAGGCCAGCAAUCCUUGGAACUGGUGCAGCCUUACACUCCGAUCAGUCUCGAAGAUACGGUUCGGCCACAAUACAUGUCCUCAGAGUCGCAUUCAGACUUCUCGGGGUAUUUGAUCGACCCGAACUGCCUACCUCCUCCCGGUCCCUUUCUCGAUGGAUUUCCUGCGCUGGGUCUCCUGUCCGCCCAAUGGCCGCAAAACGACGAUAUGGACCUAGACCUGGGCCCAAGAGCAGAUCUCGACGACCAGGAUGUCCGCUUUUUGGAAAGCUACAACAUCACAGUUCCCUUUGACUUUGGCGACGAUUCCUCCAUGCUGUUCCAGACGCAGCCGCCGUCACACGUUUCGACAGACCCAGGACAGCCCGCGUCCGUCUGCGCGGAAGCUUUUCAAAACUCACACUGGCACUUCCGUCCCAAUUCCGGAGACUUUUGCGGCGCGGAAGAUCACAACCUGUCCCUUCCUGAUUCUGCGGCUGAUGCGUCGCCCGAGUCGCGCGUGGCGGUCAAAUCCCGCGUACUGCGCUCCAAGCUUGACGUGUCCACGCGCGACAAGAUCUUGACAAUGGUCAUGAAGAAUGCCAACCCAAUCAACCUGCCCAAGGCGAUCGUCUCCUUUCCAUCGGUGGAACUCCUCGACAUGCUAAUGCAGUUUUACUUGGCAUCGCCCAUCUCCAAGGCAACGUCAUUCCUCCACGCCGCUGCCUUUGAUCACAAAGAGAAAAGACCAGAGCUUCUGGCAGCCAUGGCGGCAAAUGGGGCUGUUCUGACAUCAGACUCGGCACUGACCAAGCUAGGCUACGCCAUAGCAGAGUGUGUCAGGGUGGCAAUCAGCAACCAAUGGGAAUCCGAUAACACGCUCGUGCGGGAUCUGCAGCUCUCGCAAGCUUUUCUCAUCAUCCUCGAAAUGGGCCUAUGGAGUGGCCACAGCAGAAAGGUCGAGUUGGCGGAAAGCUUUUUUCUCCCGUUGCUCACCAUGCUGCGGCGCAACGACAAGUUCAAGAGGGCGCCGUAUCUCGAGACGACCACUCAGGCCGCGCACGAUGCUUCGACCCACCAACAGUGGAUGGGCUGGGUUGAGUCGGAGUCUUUCAAGCGCCUAGCUUUGAGAAUGCUGCUGCACGACUCCAACUCCUCAAUGGCUCUCCUUACCAACCCUUUGAUCUCCUACACGGAGGUGCAACUUCCGCUGCCAGCUCCGACAGAGCUUUGGACAGCAGAGAGCGCAGAGAGGUGGCAGCUGGCCAUGCACCGGACCAAUUCCCAAGACUUGAGCAUUUUCGACUUGCUUGAUGAUCCCAGCUACUUGAAUAAGCACCGUGAUGCCAUCGACUUUGACAUCGCUGGGGGAUCAGUGCUAUCCCUGGUAUGGAUGCUUGCUUGGGAACUCACACGCAUCACAACGUUGCAAAAGCAACGACCGCGCCGGUUCAACGCACUCAUCAUAAUGUCCCGCUUAGAUGAGCUUUUGAAGCUACUGGGAAGUCUACGGAUUACACUCCAGCCCGACAUGGCAUCUUCCCCUGAGCUUGCCAUGCGUUUUGAGAUCAUUCACCUGCACCUCCACAUGCCAUUCGAGGACAUUGAAACAUUCGCAGGCAAGCAUGGCAUCGAUCAGGCCCGCACUGUCUACCCUUCUGUCCGAGAGUGGGCCAAGAGCGAGUCUGCCCGACGAGCGAUGCACCACGCCGGUCGUAUCAUCCGCGCCUCGAGGUUGCUGGCCAAGGGGCUGAUACAAGGACCCGAGGCGAUCAUGGUCUACUAUGCGAGCCUGGCCUUUUGGGUGUACGGCCUGCUCCUUGAGAGGCCGCUUGGCGGAGGACUCUCUGACAAUGGGGCACCGUCAGUGCCCAGGUCCACGGAAGAUGUGUACCUGGACGGCGAUGACGACGCCGCUAUCAGCAGCUUCAUAGAAUUCGAGGCGGGCAGACCUUGCAUCCGGUGGUGUGACGCGGACGACGGCGAUGCGAGGUCUUUGCAUGGCGUAUAUCUGGACAACCCAGCCAUGACACUGGAAGUAGUCAUCCAGACGAUUGAGAGGAACUUUCAGGGAGCUCAAAUGGCCCACCUCCCUAGCAAGCUGAUUAAGCUGGUGAGGGAGCUGAUCAAGACUUCCUAGCUGGGAUCCGGAGAGUUUAGCAUAUUCAUCUACAUGUAGCUCGCAUGGCCAAGAUUCCAGGACAUUCUCGUUGGGCUCUCAGAGAUACGCACAGGAGGCGUUUCUUGUGACACCUCCAUGCUCGUCAGUUUCGAUAAAGCGUGUCGUAAAAAGGUCAAGCUUCAAUAAACUCGAGCCUCCUGUUGCGGGCGCCAUGCAAGGGAAAGCAUGCACUUCAGAAGGCUACGUGCAGAGAGCGUGCAUGU